AUGAAGCUCCACGCUGCAGCUAUCCUUGUCAUCCUCUGCCUUGGCAUCUUCACUGUGCACACAGCAAAAGGGAGUGCUGGAAGUCAGUCCAUGCGCAAAGCCCGUUGUGUAAAUCUGCGUACAAGAAAACUGAACAUCCGAAAUCUUGUAGGCUAUGAAAAGCACACUCAAGCAAAUGCCGUCAUGUUUAUCACUAGAGAUGGUAUCAAGAUCUGCGUAAGUGCUGAUCAGAAAUGGGUGCAGACUGCUAUGAAGAAGAUAAAAGAAAAACUCCCUGCCAAACGCAAAUAAUCCUGUCCUAGAUAAGCAUCUAAGGCC